UCUACCUCGCCCUGGAGGUCGUCAUCACCAAGUGUGACGGUGUAACAUCAACCACAGUGCCACUAUCAGACGUGGCACGACCCACGGCACUGCUGGAGUGCCAGCCGCACGCGUCGUGUCGCCUGACGCUGCGCAUGCGUCGUGGUGGCGUCGUACGUCUAUACGACGCAUGUCUGGCGCACGGUUCACGGUACAAGAGUUUGCUGGUGAGCGAGAAGAGCGACUGCCUCCACGUGAUCGCCCUCGCCCUCGCCUGCAACAACAUCAACGAUGCCAACCCCAGCCAGUACUUCCUGCUGCAGAUCACACGCAACCCCAAGGGAGAGAUACGGCUGCUCCCCCACGACCGUCCCUUGGCCGUAGUCCGAGCCUGGCCAUGCCACGACUACGCCGAGCUUCACAUACGUCCAGCGUCGCCGUCCCGACCGUCCAGCGCAGGGACGACACAAGUUACGACACUCGCCCAUGCCAACCUCACCAGUCAACUGGAGGCUUACCUCACCAAAGAUUACCUGACAGACCCGCCUCCGUCAGCCUCACCAGCCUCCAUUCCAGACGUGGUGAGGCUGGAGGAGAGGCUCAGGCGAAGAGGCCAGCCUUCUAGCACUAAGGUUAUCCUUAGUGCUGGCAACGACGCCUCUUGUACCAUUGGCUCUCAAGAUGAGGACGGCAGGAAUAUCUACGAAGUUUGUGGUAAGAGCGGCCCGGAGGAUGCCGACCAUCUUUACAGCAACGGAGAGUUCCUGGAGAAGACCGGCGCGCUUUGGGCAGCCAAUUCUACAUCUGGACGACCACCAUCGCCUCCUGCCAGAGCUCCGCGGGUGCCUUCUAGACGCAAGGGAGUCUGCUCGCUGAACCCUGACCUGCUGCAGACUCCAGCCCACACAGACCCUAGAAGCAACAGACGCACUCUCUCCUACAACGAUUACGAGAACUACUUCUACAUCUAACACAAUUAGCCUUAAUAUACCGACCACUAUCUGGUUGUGACUACGUACGCUAUUAUCGAUGGUGAAUGAAGCAGAUCUGUUACCAGUACUUUACGCCAAAGAUUGAAUGUUUCCCACGCAAGGAUACAUAUGGGCGCCGCCAGCCGUGGAUUUCACUUCGGUUGCUGUCGAUUCGACUUAAGUUGCUGUCGAUAAGUGUAACGAAGACAAUUAAUAAGGGUACAUUUGUAAGAAAUAGAUUUGUUAUCGGGCGAAGUAAGUUUAUUAAGGAAAUCAAACCUCAUCUAUACGUGUCCAGAAAGUUUAUGAUAAAGUUCCAAGCCAAAGUAUUGUAAAUCGUAAAUACUUUAGGACAUUAUGUCAAAUAAACAGUGAGUCUCUGACA